AUGAAUAGCACAAAGAUUGGUAUCCUCAAAAAGCCCAGCAUGAAUAGCACAAAGAUUGGUAUCCUCAAAAAGCCCAACCAGUUAUAUGGGAUAGAACUGAGUUUCAAAGCUGGAAAAGUUUUCGAUUCUGAAAUUAUUAGUAUUGACAAAUUAGAAACCUUGAGGCAUGUGAUCAUUGAGGAGGGUGCCAUGCCUCAUCUGGAGAAGCUUAUGUUUCAGCAAUGCGACUCCUUGGAGGAUGAGUUUAUUGGGCAACUCUCUCCAGCAAAACGUGGUAAAGAUUACUGGAAAAUCGCACGUAUUCCAUUAGAUGAGAAGCAGGCAAUUGAGAAAUCUGAACAGCCUGGGGCUGCCAUUGUUAGGACUCGAGAACAACUGAACUAG